CCCAGCGAUGUAUGGCUCUGGGAGGCGUGGUUUGCCCUAAAGGUAAGAAAGUGUACAUGGGGCAGGCAUCAAUUCGACGACAACGUAUUCUAGCGCUCUUUUACGUUGGUAGCUGUCACACAGCCUGCAGUGCGCUAAAUUUGGCAGUCACACAAUCUAUUACCGAUGCAUAUAAGCAUAGUCUCCCCCCGCCCUUAGCGCAAAUGAAAAGCUUUUGAUCCUGCAAGCUUCGCCUCCCUCUGCUGACAGAAUUUCUGUCUGUCAAACACUUACUUUCGUUACAUACAGAAGGGUUUAGUAUCAGUUUACAGCAAUAUUGCCAUGGCGGGGCCACGCAAAGCUAUUGAAUUGAUGCUUUGCACUUGCGAGAAACCGUACAUGCGUGUCGCAGACUACGGACUAGAGCUUGACGAGGCGAUUCCUGUUGCAGACCGGAUGCAUGCUCUUCUUGAGCAUGAUUAUCAAUGGAGAUGGCCCGACAACAGCCACCAUCUGGCGAAUUGGGUAGAUGAUCCUAGCAAACGUGCCAAAAAAUCGGAAGAGGACACCACAACAUACGCAGAAAGAGAUAGCAGAAGGAACUUUGUACGAGAGUUCAUAACAAACGAGCAGGCACAAUGGCUCCGCUGUGCCGUCAUCACCAGUCGUGCACUGGAGUAUCUCCAAGCUUGUCGGCGUCAAAAACUGAUCUUACAGGGGCUGUCCCCCAGCGGUCAGGACUACAGUUUUGAGCCGAGACUUUUUUACCAGUAUAUAUGGAUAUGCCUCAACCAAGGGACCGGGACACGACUUUGGGAAUCAGCACCACUAAUGUUUCUAAUUCCCGAAACUGAGUCAGAUUCAGGCGAUCUGGUUGUCUUGACAGCUCAGAAAUUGUUGGAAGUUACGAUCCGGAAUUGGGAGCAGGGCAUGGAUUUGGGAAGCAUAUUUCCAACACUAUCAUUAGACGAUGUGCUACCGUUACCACACGACGCAGAACCCCAGAUAAAUGAUCAAGGCUUAAACAAGGCCAUAUCAAAUUGAAGACCAGAUUCAACUGCAGCGCCAAUUUCCGAUGAGAUCACAAGGCACGACCCAAUGGGCAACACUGGAACACAUGGGAAACCAAUCAUGAGGAACAGAAGACUCAGGAACACGAUUAGACAAGGGAUGAAGACACCCAUGAGGGGUCACGUAACAUGGUCAGUUAUAAUUAGUGUGUCUAUAGUGAGCAACAGUGAUUAGAGGAUACCAGUGAGGGCAUGAAAGAAGGCGUCUCCUAUUCUACACAGACAUUCAUUACCUUGAUGAUCAAAGCUCAAGCAUGUAUCUUACCCAUAGGUGAAGCCUAUACUAAUUGUCACAAUACACAACUUACGGCCCAA